AUGUCUGAUUUUUCGAAUCCAGUAGGUAUGUUGAAAUCAGCAUCAGAACUCUCUUAUGAUGAUAUAUUAAAAAUUAUCUACCCAUCUGAUGUUCAUACUCCUUGGUCAAUUGUUCAAUCUAUUUAUAUCUGUUAUUAUCUCCGAAAGGCAACAACAACCAAAGGAAUGCAAUGGUUCAGAAGUUUCGUUAUCGGUUGGUUGCUGCUUUACUUACCUCGCUUAACAAUUUCUUCAAUUACAAAUGUAAAUUUCCAUGGAGUAUAUGAUUACAACUACUUGAUAGCAUAUUCCAUCACAUGGCUUGUAUUUAAUAUAUUCCCAUUUGAUUUAGCCUUUCGUUUUUGCAAUAGAAAAAUAGCCAGAACAGUUCUUUUAGUUUUACAAGGACACUUAGAAGGUCUUAACCUUGCAGUUCAGAUUCAUACAACAAAUGAUGCAUUUACAAGUGAUUCUAACGUCAUUUUCUCAAAAUCUAUAAUUGCCGGACUUGUGGUAUUAAUUAUACCAUUUAUUGUACAAGUAAUUGAUGCUACAUUGUUUGAUGAGGAAGGCCGUGAUUUUAUGACACCAGUUGGGUAUCUUAAAAGAAUGGCUGUUGUUAUUUCAUUUUUCACCAUCUUCUCUUCAAAUACUACAUAUUGGAGCGAACCUUUAUUUGAUUACUCAUUAAUGGCCUUUUGUCUAAGUUUGGUUUGCUCAUUAUCAAGAUUAUUCGACUUGCUUUAUUACGAUUUCCACGGAUUCAAAUAUAUCGACUUAAUAUUACCAAGUCUUGGUGACGGAACUCCUAUUAAAUUCUCCAUUAAGGACAUUCUUCGAUUGUAA